UUGCCCGGAGGACCUAGGGGCUGCCUCUCCACAACAUUUCCGCUCCCUUCUGAAGAGUCCCGCCUCUCCCCCCUCCUGACAGGCUGUUCUUUCUCCCUUCAGCCUUGGGCACCCACUCCUGUCGCCGUUGUGGCCCCGCGUGGCAGCGCUUCACCCUCGUACCCACUCCCAGCCGGUGUCUUACGCCGCUCGGAGGCAAUGUCCACCCUCCCUGCACCUUUCACCCGCCCCUUCCAGCUGAGACGGCUCUCUUCCAGCUCCCUCAUCCUGACUGCCAAAAAAUGCUUGGAGCAGCUGGGGCCGGAUAAGGAGAGCCAAGGUUGAGCUGGAACCGGUCCCUACGUUUUCAAGGCCAGCGCUGCACACAGGUCUUUCUACGGCCCUCAAAGCGGCACCCGCUGCUCCUCACUGGGCUAGGCUGGUAGCAGCGAGCGAAUGCCUAUUGCACAGGAAGAAGAUGGUCCCUACCAGCGCAGAGUUUCCAGAAUCUAUGGGGACGGCAUAGAUUUCCCCAGAAAACAACCAGGGCCUCAUGAAGGUGCCAGAAGGCGUAUAGGUAGAGAAAUUUUAAAAGCCUGUCGGAGAGUCAAGGCCUAGACUCAGGCUCCUGAUUUCAAUAGGCGGAAAAGAAGGCCGCCAAGGCUGGGUCCCCUCCCUUGUGAGGACAGUUCCUGCUCUCAAAACCGUAUGAAGCCACUCAGUGUGUUCCACACUCCAGCCACGCACCACCAAUGCAGUCAACAAACACUGCUUGACCUCCCAUACGGAAAAGCAGUAGCUCACACGUACUGAGAGCUUAACACGCGUGAGGCCGUUUUGCCUCAUUCAACCCUAGCAACAACCCUGAAAAAGGUAUUAUUGCUUUCGUUCUAUCGACAAGGAAACUGAGACUUAGAAAUGCCCAAGAUACACACACUGACGAGGCCAAGCAAGAGCUGUCGAAUACCAAAGUUUAGUCACAACUCUGUCUUCCUUUUACAUACUGCUCUGUGCGGUUGCUGCCAGAGAUACAAGGGCAAAAUCAACCCCGAGACCCUGCCCUCAUGGAGCUUACAGUCUAACUGGGGCAACCAGGCAGGCACGUACAGCUAUAGAAUUAAGUGGGAAGUGAUAAGUGACACGCGUGUCCUUUGCUAACACGAGCUGCAGGUUCAGAGGCUGAAGGGAGGGGACUUCCGGCUAGCCGAUCUAGGAGCUCUUCCUUGGAGAACAGCUUUCCACUCGUGGAGGAUACGGGUAAGAAAGAUGUUCCAAGCGGACAGAAAGCUUGAGCAAGGUCAACAAGGUGGAAACGGACGUGUCGCCCACCCGUAAAUAGAGAAAACGCUCCGUCUCCUCGUGGAUCCAGCGCCCGGUAUUUACCCGCCAGGAAGUUUUCGUGCCCCGCGCAGCAGCUGAAAAAAACACACUCCUGGGGCACCCUUCCCUGGCGUUGGUUCAUGGACAGCAAGCCUCCCAGAACUGGCCUAAAUCGGACAGGUGCAGCCACGCGGGAAUCAGUGGUUCAGGAACCGGAUCCGUGCAGCCUUGGCCCGCAGCGUCUCGGACUUCAGGACUCUAUACUAGUCCUUGCAAAUUUCUGGUAGAGCCGCAACAACCCAUUUGGUGAGAGCAGGGGGCGUAGCCCCUUGAGCCGGAACCAAUGGGGAGGGAGUCUGGGGCGCCGGCCCCGCCCCCGGCAUGACGCAAGGCUCCCGGACAGAGGCUUCGCAGCCCGGGCCCCAGUCCCUGCAGUGGCUGUAACAAAACCCAGACCCCCAGGUCCCGGCCAAUGGAGGCGAUUUAGACUGGAGUGGGACCGCGUCUGUCAAAAGCCCGACUCAGCAGCAGCGGCGGAGUCCAAGAGGAGAGCUGGAGCCGCCGCGCUGCCUCCCCGCCCCCGCCGGGAUUUAUUAUUUGGACUGGACAAUUAAGUGGCCCUGAUGAUGUUACCAAGCCCGGUCACCUCCACCCCUUUCUCAGUCAAAGACAUUUUGAAUCUGGAGCAGCAGCAGCAGCACUUCCAUGGUGCGCACUUGCAGGCGGACUUGGAGCACCAUUUCCACUCAGCGCCCUGCAUGCUGGCCGCAGCUGAGGGGACGCAAUUUUCUGACGGAGGGGAGGAGGACGAGGAGGAAGAGGGCGAGAAAUUGUCCUAUUUGAACUCACUAGCUGCAGCCGACGGCCACGGGGAUUCAGGGCUGUGUACCCAGGGCUAUGUCCACACGGUCCUGCGAGACUCGUGCAGCGGGCCCAAGGAACAUGAAGAGGAGCCCGAGGUCGUGAGGGACCGGAGCCAAAAAAGCUGCCAGCUGAAGAAGCCUUUAGAGGCGGCCGGAGACUGCAAGGCGGCGGAGGAGAGCGAAAGGCCGAAGCCACGCAGCCGCCGGAAGCCUCGGGUCCUCUUCUCGCAAGCCCAGGUCUUCGAGCUGGAACGCAGGUUCAAGCAGCAGCGGUACCUGUCGGCGCCCGAGCGCGAGCACCUCGCCAGCAGCCUGAAGCUCACGUCCACGCAGGUGAAAAUCUGGUUCCAGAAUCGCAGGUACAAGUGCAAGAGACAGCGGCAGGACAAGUCUCUGGAGCUGGGCGCACACCCGGCCCCGCCGCCGCCCCGCCGCGUGGCGGUCCCGGUGCUGGUGCGGGACGGCAAGCCGUGUGUCACGCCGAGCGCGCAGGCCUAUGGCGCACCCUACAGCGUGGGCGCGAGCGCCUACUCCUACAACAGCUUCCCCGCCUACGGCUACGGGAACUCCGCUGCGGCCGCCGCAGCCGCAGCUGCUGCCGCCGCGGCCGCCGCGGCCUACAGCGGCAGCUAUGGCUGUGCGUACCCGGCGGGCGGCGGCAGUGGCAGCGGGACCUCCGCGGCGACCACUGCCAUGCAGCCCGCCUGCAGCGCAGCCGGAGGCGGCCCCUUUGUGAAUGUGAGCAAUCUAGGAGGCUUCGGCGGCGGCGGUGGCGCACAGCCUUUGCACCAGGGUGCUGCAGCCGGGGCCGCGUGCGCUCAGGGCACCUUGCAGGGCAUCCGGGCCUGGUAGGGACUGGGCGGGUCACGCGACAGGCACCCCAGCGCAGCCUGGCGCCGCGGGACUGAAGCGCGAGAAGGGCCGGACCUAAGGGUCAGGUCCCCUCGUUAAAAAAAAACAAAAAAAAACAAAAAAAAAAAACAUAUACUUCUAGCUCCUCAGGGCUUCGGAUUGCAGCUCACUCGAGGCCUACGGAAGGGGGCUCAGGGGUGAGGAGGAUGCCCGGGUCUAUUCGCCAGGACUGUCUCUGAGGCAGAAACGCGGGCUGGGCGCCGGGGAGGACGAUGGCCCCGAUCUUGGCAGCGAGGGGAGUGCAGGAGGCUAGAACCCUGGCCGCGUUUGGCUCUUCCAAAGCAAGAAGGGCUUCUCUCCCUCGGCCUUUCUGCGGACUUGGCGAAGCGUUGUCGGGGAGCCCAAGGACAGAACAAAUUAAAAGCAUGAAGGAGAGAAAAUAGGGGUCGUGGCUUGAGAAAUCUCAGGCCCUACCUAUCGUCUGCCACCUUUGCGGGCCUGGAGCGCCAUAGCACAGUCGAUUUCAUUUCCCAGCUGCCUCCCCUCCGCAGCAGAUACCUCGGUCCAGAUCUCCGGAUUGUCGGAUUGUCGGGGGACUCAGGACUCUUCGAGGAAAACCAGCCAACUGAGAUCAAAAGUUGGGGCGGGGAGGCUGAACAAAUAACAGGACCUGGUGGCCCACCGGAGGUGUUACCGGGUUUCCUUUCUGUUUCGUAUUCUAUAUUCAGCACAUAUUAUCUAUCUAUAUAACUAUAACCACACGCCGUGUACACACCCGCUGCCACACACUACAGGAGUCAAUAAACAAGGUGCAAUAUUUUCAUACCGUU